CCGGCGAGCUUCUCCACAUACACCCCCAGGAGCUGCAGUUCCCCUUUGAAUUGAGGAAGCAGAUCUCUUGCUCUUUGCAGCUCUCUAACAAAACAGAUAACUAUGUGGCUUUCAAGGUUAAGACAACAAACCCAAAGAAGUACUGUGUAAGACCUAACACUGGAAUUGUGUUGCCAAGGACUACAUGUGAUAUUAUAGUGACAAUGCAAGCCCAGAAGGAGGCACCACCUGAUAUGCAAUGCAAAGAUAAGUUUCUCCUUCAAAGUGUAGUUGCACCAUCCGGAGCAACCCCAAAAGAUAUUACUCCAGAAAUGUUCAAUAAAGAAUCUGGCCAUGAUGUAGAAGAGUGCAAAUUGAGAGUUGUUUAUGUUUCCCCUCCUCGACCACCGUCCCCUGUCCAAGAAGGUUCGGACGAAGAGUCCUCGCCUCGAGCAUCUAUUUCAGAAAAUGGGCAUUCAAGUGUUCCUGAAUUUACAGUUGCUUCAAAAGCUUUCAAUGAGCACGCCGAACAGGAUGGUUCAAUUGAGGCAAGGGCUCUUAUUUCGAAGGUCACCGAGGAGAGGAAUUCUAUUAUUGAUCAAAAUAAAAGACUUCAGCAAGAACUGGAACUUCUGAGGCGUUCUGCAAAGAGAGGUGGUGGUGGUAUCCCAUUUAUAUAUGUAGUGCUUGUUGGCAUUAUUGGCAUCAUUUUGGGUUUCCUACUGAAGAGAACAUGACCUACUAUAUGUUAUUGCCAGCACCAAGAACAUUGUGUGAUAUGAAUGAAGAAAACGCCAAUUAAUGUAAUGUUGUGUUGCAACUAGAAAUUUGGGAUUGUGAUCUGGCAUAGGUACUUGUAUCGGCAAAAGCAAUGGUAGGACAGUAGACAGGUUUAUGAAAUUUGGAAAUUUGUAUAACAAUCUUAUUUUAUGUGGCACAGAUGAUUGAAUUUUAUUUUUAAUUUUUUAGGUUUGCCA